ACACAACAAGCAUUCUGAGAUUCUCAGAGUUUCACAACAAUGGGAUUGAUAGAUUGUGUUAGUGUUGGAUUCUUUCUGCUUAUUGCAGCUGACUUGUCUUUGGCACAAUGGUCAAAAUUUAAACAAAGCCAGGCUCCAAUAAGAUUCCAACAACAGUCCACAGUAUUAGCUCCUCAGCAUGCAGGUUUACAGACGUCAGCUGCUUUUAGACCUUCAAGACCUGUAUUGAGUUCUGUUGGGGUAGGUCUACAGAAACUCCAAGAACCUGGAAGCACUCAGUCCAAACAGCUAAUGCAGGCUCCUGUGGCACCUUUGACCUGGCAUUUUCCUGUAAUACCAGAAGAACCUCAACAGCCAGUUGUUCCACUUGCAUUGCAUGUACCUGCCCCUGCACAAAGUAUUGCUGCACAAUGUGGAGAGAGCCUUGUGCAUGUGGAGGUUAAGAAGGACUUCUUUGGAACUGGUCAGCUAGUCAAUCCUUCAUUCCUCAGUUUAGGAGGCUGUGCAGCUGUAGGGGAGGAUCCAGCAACCCAAGUGAUUAUCUUUGAGUAUGAGCUUCAGACAUGUGGCAGCUCUCUGAAUAUGACUGACAGUGAGCUGGUCUAUACAUUUACCCUCUUUUAUACGCCUGAGGCUUUAGUAGGAACUCCCAUUAUAAGAACUGAUGCAGCAGCUGUUGGAAUCGAAUGCCACUAUUCAAGGUUGCACAAUGUAAGCAGCAAUGUUUUAAAUCCCUCUUGGGUUCCUUUUGCUGCUACAAAGGUUGCAGAGGAUGUUCUAGUAUUCUCCCUGAGGCUCAUGACCGAUGACUGGACAUUUGAGAGGCCAUCCAAUGAGUACUUCCUAGGGCAGUCUUUGAAAGUUGAGGCUUCUGUGAAUCAGUACAACCAUGUUCCUUUGCGCUUGUUUGUGGAUGGCUGUGUGGCCACUGCGGUCCCUGAUGUGAACUCCACUCCAAGAUAUUCCUUUAUUGAGAACCAUGGGUGCCUGGUUGAUGCAAAGCUUACAGGUUCAACAUCUAGUUUUAUGCACCGUGUUCAGAAUGACAAACUGCACUUCCAGUUGGAGGCUUUCAGAUUCCUGCAGUCAAAUAGUGCCCAGGUCUACAUCACAUGUGCUUUGAAAGCAGUUGUGGCUUCAACACCCAUAAGUCCGGAGAACAAGGCUUGCUCCUUUGCAAAUGGAUGGCUUUCUGCGGAUGACAAUGACCAGGUGUGCGUGUGCUGUGACUCCACAUGUGGCUCCAGCAGGAAAGGGCGCGAACUGUCUGAUGCAGGCCUUGUUUCAGAAGUGAAAGCAACCAUUGGCCCCAUUGUGGUAUCUGUUUGAGUGGUCAAUAAAGAGCUGAAAGUGA